CUAUUUUCACCUUUCGACGACCUCAGUUCAACCCACGAGAUCGGAGGCAAGACAGCAGCUAGCAUUCUAAACACUCGGAAACAACACAUCACCCACCAUGGCCACCGGACCAGUAAAAAGAGUCGCCGCUUCAGCGCUCAACACGACCGCAAAAAUAGCAAAAGCGACCGCUUCGAAGCACUCACCACUUCGAUCAGCGCCGGCAUCGCCAACAGUAGCAGCGAAGCCAACAGGAGUCAAAACUUCGAACCCGCUAUCACAAUCGCCUCCGCCAGCGAUCACAACGACUCCAGCAUCGUCAUCAUCAUCAUCAUCCCCACUCUCCCCAACAACGGAAUUGACAGAGCGGGGUUCAUCAGGAGGAGCACCAUCACCACCGGGAGGAUCAGGAGGAGGUGGAGCAGGAAGAGGACAACAACCAGGAAAAGGACAAGAAGAAGCGCCACAUCAACAAUCUCGUCCCUUCCCCAAAUGGAAGGCCGCCGUCUGGACAGUAGCCUUUACGGCGGUGACUGUAACUGGAACCAUUUACGGCGCAGGUCUUAAGACGCAGAAGGAAUGGAAUCAGGAAAAGCAAAAAAUUCAAGAAGCCACCGCCGAUGAUAAAAUUGAAAUGCUUGUAAACCGCCGCGCCCAGCUGUUCAAAACCAAGAUUGAGAUUGAGCAGAAGCUGGCCGAUGUGAGGGAGCGCAUGAGACUGGAGAAGGAGAAGGAGGAGAAAGUGAAGAGCGGUGCGGUGGCGACGCCGAGGAGAUAACGUCCGCUGUUUUAGACAACUCCAAUAACGACAAGUGAGAAAGAGAGCAAAAGCAGAAGUACAGUGGGUGUGGUGUACAUGGGAGGGGACGUGAAGCUUGUUGGGUUUACGUGGAAGUUGAGGGGAUCACCCCUCUCGUCCUCGGCGUCCCGAAAUCUGGUCGAGUGGGGCUUUAUGUCGGCGUUGAAAGGGGGGAUGGCAAUGAAAUUGCCGGCAUGGGGGGCGAGUUGGACGGGGCGACACGACCGAGAGGAUAUGGAGGGAUAUGAGUGUCCCUCUUGAACCCUUCUCAUUCGCCACGGCAUCUCGGGGGCCUGCUUGAUCCACGAACGAGCCAGUAUCGUGGGAAGGAAGGGCCGGUCCUAGUUACCAUAGUCUUACCUAUGUGUUGAUGCCCGAAUCAUGUAAAGGAACCGGCGCGAUAAGGCGUCGGUGUCCGCAUCACGAGGUAAGUCCCUGAUUCAAAGUUGGUUGUCGUGGGGAGUUGGAUAUAGAUACGACGGCUGGAACGGAACGAAGAAGCUCAACGAGGGAAACAUAGCACCGACCCGAGCCUAAUGCGCAGCGAUAGACAUUUUCCCCUGUAAUUCAAGUUUGGCUGUGCACAAGCACGGGAAAUUCUGAUCCCCGUGGAGAUAAGGGCAAGCACAAACCAGUCUUACAUUUCUCGCGCGCGGACAAUAACUAUAAUAUCAACAAAUGAAAACUGAUAUGCAUCACGCUCAUGAAGCAAUGGCCAAAGCUUAUUCUACCUAGAUAUCAUUACUGCA